AUGCCACGGCCCAGCAAACAUGGCCUGGAAGUGGCCGCAGUCCAGCAGUCACAGCCAACCACGGCCAGAAUUUCUGACAGGCAGACAGGGACACCACGAAACUGUUUGCCACUGCCUCGGAUCAUUGAUGAAGCCUGCCGUGAGGCUGAAAUUUACAAGGAUGCUGGAAUAGAUGGCUUGAUAGUGGAAAACAUGCAUGAUCUUCCUUACACGACUUCUGUUGGGCCAGAAAUAACAGCAGCAAUGACAGUCAUUAGUGCUGCAGUGAAGCAAACCUGCCCACAGCUCCCAUUGGGUAUCCAGAUUCUGUGUUCUGCAAAUCAACAGGCUGUAGCAGUGGCUCUUGCUGCAGGUCUUGAUUUUAUCCGAGCUGAAGGGUUUGUUUUUUCUCAUGUUGCUGAUGAGGGGAUAAUAAAUGCCUGUGCAGGUGACCUGCUAAGAUACAGAAAACAAAUUGGAGCAGAGCACAUUCAGAUUUUUGCCGAUAUUAAAAAAAAACACAGUGCUCACGCUCUGACAGCAGAUGUCAGUGUAUCUGAGACUGCCAAGGCUGCUGAGCUCUUCCUUGCUGAUGGGAUUGUAUUGACUGGAACAGCCACUGGAAUGCCGGCAGAUCCUGAAGAACUGAAAGAGGUUGAACAAGCUGUGAAGAUUCCAGUGUUGAUUGGGUCUGGAGUCACUCUGGAGAAUGUGAGGAAUUACCUGGAUGCAAAUGCCUUAAUAAUUGGUUCGUAUUUCAAGAAAGCUGGUUACUGGGCAAAUACUGUUGAUCCUGACAGAGUAAAACAAUUUAUGGAUCACAUAAGUAAACUGAGAGAAUGAUUUUUUUCAGCAAAUAACAUUGCAUGUGUACAUGUGGAAUAUGAUAUACCAUGGACAACUAACGCAUUCCAUGUGCACAUGAAAUGGAUAAUAUAAUAUUAAAUUUAAAAAAGCCUGUAAUCUACUUGGCUGGUCAGUAAGCCAGGUGGGACUUUAAAAUAAAUGGGCGUUCUGGAAUUUAUUUACAGAAGGCAUAUUUCUUUAUCCCUCAAUUCCAUGUGCCAAUACAAGGCUAAAACUGAAGGUUUGAAUAAUAUGUUCUUAACUGCAAUAUAAGAAUUUAGCUCAAAAAUCAACUUUAAUGUUAAUCGUAGGAUGAAAUGAGAUUUUUUUUUUUUCAUGUAUAGAAUAUGAUUCUAUACACGGGACGCCCUAAGAUUACAGCCAACAGCACUGUAAAUUGGAUGAGAAAUUAUCUGUUUCCCCAUCUGUAAAAUGGCAGUGAUACUGUCACCUCACAGGGGUAAGAUAUACCGUGUAAAUGUUUGUAAAGCAUUGUCAUCUCUUCAAAUCAAAAGCUUUGUAAAAUUCUAGAACAUCAUACAUUUUUAGGAGAACAAUGUAUUUCUCAAAAUACAGUCGAAUUCUAUGCCAUAAUUAAGAGGUUCAAGAUUUUGGGAAAUUGAUUUACUCACAAUAUUUGCUGAAGAAUAAAAUGAAAAUAUUUAAUUGCAUUUCCCAUAGAAUUGCCUUUUUUUCUUUUUUUUAAUUUGUCUACAUUUUCACAAGAGUUUCUGCCCUCAGGAAUAUGUAUUGAUAUUUUUCAACCAUCUAAUAUAGUCCUUUACCUCUCCAGGCUUGUGUUUAGGCACGAUAUUGUAAACUGGCGACACUAUUCCUAAACUGUGUAUGUGAAAUUACUACAUUUGCUCAAAUAUCAGACAACUCUGAAUAUAAGAUGACCCUCAGUAAUUAGGUUCUAUAUAUGGAAAAUCUAUAAAUCUGUUGUAAUUUUCUAGGUAUAAAAUCUAAGUAUUGGAAGUUUGUCUUGAACUUGUCACCCUACUGCUGCUACAGCAGGGAAAGCCAUGGCUGAGGCAGGGUGGUCAGGUGGCCCUCUUGCCUUCUGCCCUGCCCACUUCUUCCCCUUGCAACCUUCCUGCCCCUCCUGCCACCUGCAUCCUCCCACCUCCAGCUCCCCACAGCCUCUGCCUUCCCCACUCUUCCCUCAGUCUCCAUCUCUUCAUCUCACUCCAAACCACAGCUGCAUCUUGUAGAAGCAAAAAAAGUCAUCCCUAUGAAGUUUGAUUUUGUUAACAUAAAAGUAAUUCCAAAAUAACACAUCAUCAAACUCCAUCUCAGCCUUUUCCAGGUUCCCUUACUUAGGUUUGCUGUGGGCCUUAGAAAGUACAGACUUUGCAGACCCAUGUGACUAGGACAGCACUUUACUGCUGGAUGUACAUACUCAUCUCUGGGGGAAUUUCACAUCAUGGAAAGAGAGUGUUCUAGGUAUUUCUGUCUGCAGAAUUUUCACUUCUUCCCUUAAGAAGUGAUGCAACUUGCUGGCCAGUCUCCUGCAGACCCUGUUUUACAGGGAAGGUCGGGCAAUGACUUGGGGAUCGUAGUCAUCCUUUUCCAUACCUUCACAAUUCCCAGGCAGAAUCUACAGGCAACACGUAGGAUUAUGGGGUUCUUUAGAAACCUUGCUUGUCUGACAAUGCUAAGUAUUCUGACAGCGCCUUUUUUUAGACGGCUGUUUGUUUGUUUGUUCUUUAAAUCCUUAACCCUAAAUAAUGAAAAGCAUAUUAUAUAGUAUUUGUCCUGUUUACAAAAGUAACUGCUGUAUACAAUUAAAAUACUGAUUUCCAUGUUUUUAAAUCAGUAAGGAUUUUUUUCCACCUGAGUAUGUCUGCAGUGGUUUUCAGGCAGUUCACAAUUGUAU